AAUAAGGGCCAAUCCAAGGCUGGAAGGCGGCGCUUUGGGGAGAAGUCGCCGAGCCUGCGUUACGGCCUGACGGGAUGGCUUGUUCGCGGGACUGGGCGGCGGAGGGGAGAAAGGACCACCAGGACUAUAUUUUGGAACCACUUUCCCUGCCAGAAAAUCCAGGUGGCAUUUCUGCUGAAGAAGAAUCUUCAUCUGUGCCUUGUCUAUUCUGUGAAGAAUAUUAUCUAAUAUCAGAACAAAAUCAAAUUCUGAAACACAUGAUCAUAAAACACAAACUUGUCAUAUCAGAUGUCAAGCUGAUUGCAGAUUUUAGAAGGUAUGUAUUGUACUGGAAGAAAAGAUUCACAGAACAGCCAAUUGCUGACUUCUGUUGUAUAAUAAAGACAAACUCUGAAGCAGCUUUAG